UAACGAACGAGCUGUCUGUGAAAGUCCGUCGACUCCGCUGCUCAGGACCGCGGCAGCUGUAGGAAUGCAUAGGCACGAUAACACGAGAAGGCCUGCAUCGACGUAACAUUUUCUUUUCUUUAGUUUUGACGCUGCGAUGUCGCUCCAGCAGCAAGUGGAGGACGCGACGGAGGAGAAAGGCGGCUUCUUCAUCGGCGCCGACUCGGACGCCUCAGAAGAAGAGGAGGGCCACCAUGAACUUAUACUACACAAAGCUAACGCUCUGGCAUCGGAAAACUGCCUCAGAGAAGCCAUUGACUGGUUUUCAGUGGCGAUGCGUUAUGGCCCCGUGCGACCCGAACAAUUAAGCACUUUCGUGGACUGUAUCCUCCGCAACUUCAAGAGGAAAGCGGCUGGGCCAGACGCACUCCCGGGCGAGAGUCGGGACGCCGGGGACAGUUCUUUGGACGAUAUGUUUGACUGUCCCAACUGUCAUGACUUUUUAGGCGAACCUGUUACCAUAGCUUGUGGACAUUCGUAUUGUAAAAGGUGUUUACAACGACGGCUGCUCUCCAAAUGCAAGCUGUGCAGCGAAACCGUAACGGGCGAGGAGAAAGCGAAUGUGAUUAUGUGCGGACUCUUAGACAAGUGGUUCCCGGACGAGCUGAAAAAGUCAAAAACACUAUGUGAAGUGGACGAGCUGUGUAGAAGUAAACGUUACAAAGAGGCUGUGUCGCUAGCAACCGAAGUCAUUCAUCGUGAUCCAGGGACAACAGCGGCGGCGCGACUGUCUCGAGCGGAGGCCUACAUGGCUCUCAAACAGUAUCGUCUGGCUCUGGAGGACACAGAAUUUUGUCCCGGGUCCAGUUCUUCCGCUGAAGCUGUGUUUAGGAAAGCUAUGGUGCUGCAUGAGAUGGGCCAAGUGGACGAGUCUCUCCAAGUAUUCCUCCACUGCCUGUCUGUGGACGAAGACUUCCCCUGUGCUAAAAGACAAGUGGAAAAGAUCCUGUGUGAUAUGCUGUCCCCGGCCGAUGAGAACGUCAAGGUCGGCCUGAGGGAAACGACACAGAACGCGUCGCCUCACUUGCGCAGUAAAACCCUUGUGGCUGAUGCACAAGCUCAACCACAGAGCCCGGUCCAAAGACAGCACCAGACCCGCGCCGCCUCGGCACACCACCAUCUGGACAACCAGGAGAAACGCUGGGAAAGCCUGGAGCGGCCCAGUCUGAGCCGAGCCCAUUCGCUACGAAUGCAUGGCUCUAGUUGCGGUGAGGAGGGGCUGAAGAGAGUUUGCUCUGCUCCUCAGCUGGGGGACCAGGAGAAGGGGAGCCUGCUGAAGAGGAAAUUGUCAGUGUCAGACACAGAACCAUGUGUUGUUGACAGCGGAAGUAGCAAGUAUAAAAAACAAGGUGUGGCGAAAAGCUCCAAACAACAGGCUGCCAAAGAAAAAACCAGCAGACAUAUUCCCGAGGACCUGCUGGACCACAAUGACUUCGAGUGCUCUCUCUGUCUGAGGUUGUUCUAUGAGCCUGUGACUACACCAUGUGGCCACACCUUCUGUAAAAACUGUGUGGAACGCUGCCUGGACCAUACGCCCCAGUGUCCCCUCUGUAAAGAGAGCCUGAAAGAGUAUCUAGCACGCAGGAAGUACAUGGUGACGACCGUCUUGGACACCCUGAUCAAACAGCAUCUCCGUGAAGAGCAUGCAGAAAGAACGAAAACUCAUUUGGAGGAGACCAGAGAGCUUUCCGAUCUGACGAAGAAUGUGCCUAUCUUUGUGUGUACCAUGGCUUACCCCACCGUGCCUUGCCCCCUGCAUGUCUUCGAGCCACGUUACCGCCUCAUGAUUCGCCGCUGCAUGGACACAGGCACGCGCCAGUUUGGGAUGUGCAUUAAUGAUCCCCAGACAGGGUUUGUAGAUUAUGGCUGCAUGCUGACCAUCAGGAGUGUCCACUUCCUCCCUGACGGACGAUCAGUCGUGGACACCGUCGGUGGAAAACGCUUCCGGGUCCUGUCCCGAGGAAUGAAGGAUGGUUACAGUACUGCUGACAUUGAGCAUUUGGAGGACACCAGGGUGGAGGACAGAGAUGAGCUAGCGAGACUACAAGAGCUGCAUGAUGCCGUUUACGAGCAGGCCCGCGUCUGGUUCCAGAACCUUAAGAUCCGCUUCCACAACCAGAUCCUGCAGCACUUCGGACCAAUGCCAGAACGAGAAGCUGACAUCCAGGCUACUCCUAAUGGUCCAGCGUGCUGCUGGUGGCUCCUGGCUGUUCUGCCAAUCGACCCACGCUACCAGCUGUCUGUCCUCUCCAUGACCAGCCUCAAAGAACGCCUGGUGAAGAUCCAGCACAUCCUCACAUAUCUGCAGAGCAUCCCUAACAACUAGAGCUUCCUCUUAUCCUCACCACAAACAUUCAAGCAACCUUGAAUCAACAUCUCGACAAUUUUUUUUUCUGUUCCCAUCCAAAUCCCUCAACUGUACAUUUUGCAGUUCUUUGCAUUAAGCCUACACAAGACCAGAGCAAAGCUGAAACAUCCUUGAACUGUGGAACACUGAAACCGGAGAUGUGGCCAAACCACCUCAGGGACUCUUCCAACGACGCACAUCUGUGUGUGUCUAUCAAAAAUGAUUAAAAGUAUAACAAAUGUCACAGCAACUGUUCUCAUCGGCUCUCGUUCUUAAUGCAGUUCAUUUUCGUAGGAACUUCCCCGAAUGAGCGUUUCUAAGAUUUAUGUUAAUAUGGAGGAGGGUGAGGUGUGUCUGGCAAAAUAAAUCCUAAAUGCUGAAAGUCCAAAAAGUGAUCGCAAGACGUGGUUUGGAGGAACCACUGACAAGAGAUUUGUGCAAAACCAAGUGCAACUAGAGGCUGGUGUAUGUGUACCAGACACUGACAGAAGUAUCAUCUCUUCUGAGCAUCGCAUUUUCUUUUUCUCUCUCCCCCACAUUCUUACCAUGAACAACUUCCGUCGCUGCCUCUAUGUUGUGGCAAAGGACCUACCUGUUGAAAGAAUGAGACGAUCUGUGUUUCUUCCCAUCGUUUUCCACUCUGAGUUUCUUCCAAAUUAUCACGCAGAGAUGGGCCAUUUUAUCUCUCUUAACAGUGGGCCAGAUGGCCUGAAAUCUCAUCUUGAUUCUAUGCUUUUCAAACGCUUUUUCCUCCUGUCACAGUUAAACUUAAGUUGUAUGCGCUCUUCCAACGUCUUUGUUUGUCAUGGACCUUUGGAGAUCCUGCUGGAGUGAGGAAGAAGUAGUUCUUGUAUUAGUUGUCUCUCCUCUAAACCAAAAGAUUCAGCUACCCAGUGAAUUAACUUAAAACUGAAUUAAUUUAUAAGAAAGAGUUUGUAAAAUGUGUACAUUCUGAACGUGUGUGUGUGUGUAUGAGAAAUUCUAAGGGGGUCUUGCAGUAUUCUGACAAAUCAAGACAAGACAAAAAACGCAUGUUUACAGCCAAUGGGUUAGCAUUAUUCUUCAUUCAAAGCUGCUCUGUGUCUGCUUGGAGGAGAGAGGACUGUACUGCAGUGCUUCAGUCGGGACUGCAUUUGCCUUACACCAUUUUGCAUUGUGAUUUGAAUAACACGAUGUGUUGGUUUGGUUACCAUUCCUUUUUGCCAUUCUACGAAGUAUGUUUUCAUUGUGUUCUUUCCCCAUCUCAGUUAGUGUAUAAUGUGUAUAAAAAAAAAGAAAACUCAAGUCAAGGCUGUCAUAUGUAAACCAUCUGUAAAAAGGCUUUUUGGACAGAUCUUGCUUUUUGCUCAGAUGUUUUAAGUUAUCAAUUUGAAUAAUAAAUGCACUUCUUUUUUCAA